CAGGCGUGAUGUAUGCCUUCAGCGGGGAGAGAAGAUUAUCCAAGAGGUCGGAGGAUUGAUGAACAGGUUAGCUUCAAGCAUUGCAUGUGUGGCGAUUAUGCAUCGGCUCAUUCAGAGAGGCGUUGAGGGGGAACUGCUUCAUGCUACUGGGCUCUCAAUAUGGGAAAGGUUGUUUUAGCCCACUUGUAAACAUGCGUUCAUGACCUCUAUAAAAUCAAUGAACAACGUUUUCCAAUAUCUUUGAUGCCGCUAGGAUGCUAGUGGGGUGUGCCUGAGGGUCUCCAUGCCUUAAGAAUGGUUUUCCAAUAUUUUUCUCCACGAUCGUUUCUCCUUCCUUCCUUUCACCCCACAACAAGAGAUUUUCUGUUAACCUCGCUGAUUUGAACAAACCAGCUGGGCUAUAUAAGUCAUAAUGGGUAAAUCUUCCAAGAGCCAGGAAAAGAUAGCCAAGAAAGGGUCCAAGGAACAUGACGGGGCGAACGCAGUGGUGACAACUACAAAGAGACCUGAGGCUGUCUCAGAACCUGCCGUGGAUGUCUUGUUAGAAAGUGGCUAUUCCAAGGACACACUGAAGAAGAUUGAUGAGGAAUUUGUUCCAUUCUACCUGCGUCAAGUAACGACCGAACUUUCGGACGACCUCGACAAGUUGCGGAACGCAACCGACUUUUCAGCCAAGUCGCUUCCUAUACUCAUCCAAGCUCUACAGGAAGGUCACAUCAUCUUUUCGCCGGAGCAAAAGGCAAGAAUCAUGCGAGUCGAUCGCGAUUAGACCAAGCAUGGAACGGAUUGAUCGGCGAAAGA